AGCGCUGUGCUUGCAAUAUUUCAAUUUCAAUAUUGAUGUCUAAUUUAAAAUAAAUAUUUAUACCAAUAUUUUUUAAAUAGAGGUAUCGAAUUUGUGUAAAAUUAAGCCUUUGUUUUACCGGCUUUCUCUAUUAAAACAGAGGCUAGAAUGUAUAUUGUAACAGGAUCAAAUUUGUUCGGCCAGUGGUUUUCUUGGACAAAAAACAUUAGCUUUUAUGAUAAAUUUGAAGAAAUUUAUCCUGAAAGAGAAAGCAAAAUUGAUUUAAAAAACUCGAAGCUAAUAACUUCUUGCUGGUCGUAUAAUAUAUUUGAUGUUGAUAACAUAUUUUAUAUUGUUGGAUCAUGGCAUGGAAGAGACAAUCAGAUUGUUAAAGUUCCAAUACCUGAAGAAAAGGAACAGAGUUCUAAGGCAUCUGGCCUUUUAAUUACCGGUAAUGAUUACAUGAUCAUAUUAGUAGAGGCAAUAACGCGAUCUAUUUGGUUUUUUGAUUUUGAAACAGAAGAUUUUAAAAAAGUCAAAUUUAAUGAAGAACCAAUAUUGGAAAAUACUGUAAAAAAAUCAAGAUUAACUGACGACGUAAUAAAAGUUGCAGCUACUAAUAACACAUUUAUUUAUUUAACAUCUGAAGGAAAUGUCUAUACUGGACAGCUACCAAGUUACAUAGACACACAUACAUGUGUAGGAAAAACUUGUGAUGUAGAAUGUGGAUAUGAACAUUACAUGCUACUUACAACGGAAGGAAGAGUGUAUACUUGGGGAAAUGGAAGGAGACUCCAACUUGGACAUGGUGAUUUAACUAAUUUGGAUUUACCAACUGAAGUUGAGGCAUUAGCUGGAAUAAAAAUAGUUAAAAUCAAGGCUGGAGGUUGGCACUCGCUGGCACUUAGUGAGCAUGGAGAUUUGUAUGCUUGGGGUUGGAAUGAUACUGGGCAAUUAGGUAUGAAUAUAAAUAUAAAUGGAGAAGAAAAUUUAGAAAGAAAGGGACAAAAAAACUAUGCGAUACCAAGACCUGUGGACAUUUAUGAUGAUCAAGGUGAUGAAAUUGAAUUGAUUAUAAAAGACAUAGCAUGCGGAACGAGACAUUCAGCAAUUUUACUUGAAGAUAAUACUGUGUGGACUACCGGUUGUAAUAAAUAUGGACAGCUUGGAUUUUCUCCUAAAGAUUAUGAAAAAUUGGAAUAUUUUAAAAAGUCAUACCAAAAUCCUAAUAUUAGUAAUGUAAUUGGUGGACCUUGGAGUACUAUAGUUGAAAUAACCUAGUACAUUCAGUUAGAUUUAUAUUAAAUUAAUGGAAUUUUACUUAGUAGGCUUUUUUGUAUUAAGGAUAGUCUGAUAGUCUCAUUUAGGAGGCGUUGAAUAAGGAUGUCCUGGUACUGAUACUUAUAAGUAAAAAGACAAAGAUAGAAAAUGAAGUGUCACUAAUUAAAUAUUGCCAUUUAUAAAAUACAUAUUUG